CUGAGGUACAGUGAAUCGCCGCCUACUAAAGUUUUUGCAGCAGACAUGCCUAAGUCAAGGAAAGAAAAAAAAGAAAAUGGAAGAAAAUUGUGGGAGAAAGGAAGCAUGGAGGAAGCAGUGGCAGCAGUUAGGGAUGGUAGAAUGGGGUAUUUAAAAGCAGCAAAACAAUUUAAUGUGCCACGAAGCACCCUUUUCCGGUUAUGUAAACAACACGGAGAGCCAGUUACGGUGUGUGACACACGGUUAGGAUGAAAACCAGUCCUCUCAAUCGAGUUAGAAAAUGAACUUGCAGAUUAUUUGCUUGAUAUGGAC